AUGGUUUGUGAAACAUUUGGCAACUACGUUCCAGAAGCUGGUUCACCCAAUGUUGGAACAAUCUUAUUUAAUCGUGAUGAUUUAAAUAAUCGUCAAUGGAGUAAAGCGAAAAUAAACCUACUACAAACUCGAAAAUAUUUUCAAAAUUUAAUACCCUCUCCGCAUCUGUUAAGGACGGUAAAUGAAAAUUAUCUUGAUUAUCUAUUAACAUAUUAUCAAGACUCCUAUAAUACUGUCAAACGUGAAGUGAAAAAUAUUCGUCUUAAAAAAAUGGUGGACGUCGCACUCUCAGAUGCACUUGGAGGUUACCUCAAAGUAUGGAUUUUGCCGAUCACUAAAUACGCCUACUACGGUGGAAGUGUGUCUAUGGAGAAAGCCGUUAAUAUAUUUCAAGUUUACGAUAAGAUUAAGAGAAGUCUCAAUACUGAUGGACACAACUGGCGCAAUCCAAAUGAGAAUCUACUCAGGUCAGUCGCAGUAGACAUAGUUUCUAGACCUCGUCCGACAUUUACGAGAAGUAUGGAAAAUCCGUGCAAACUUUUAUCGUUAUAUGAAAAAACUGAUAGUGAUUUAAAAAUUCCUUUGCCAAUAGUAAACUGGGACGUCCAACCAGCUACGCUUCUUUUGCCCCUUAAAGAUAAGUCUUUCACAUCACUAGACUCCCCAAAUUCAUCUCAAAUAGUGUUACAAUAUUUUGACAUUGCUGAAAAUUGCAUAAAAAGUCAAAAUGUUCAAAACUUGGAUGAUUUCAAUAAAAGGUUUCAAGUUUGGCUUUCAAAUAAUAUUAUGCCACACUUAAAUGAUGACAAUUUGUAUUUACCAUUCGGAAGUAUCCUUACCUUAGCGAAUACAACGAAACAAUUUUAUGGGAAAAUAUGUACAAGCUAUAAAGACAAAUGUAAAAAAUUACAGAGUAAAGCAGAAAUUCUGGGGUUACCUCAACAAGUGUCUUUGAAAAAAUAUAUUAUAAUCACAAUAAUAUUAUUAAUUGAAAUAAUUUGGUGUGUACCAUCAUUAUUCUAUCUUAUGCGCUUAAAGAAAAAGAAAAAGACUACUAAAGAAAAGAAGCCAUUUUUCAGAUUUUUUAAAAAGAAACUUACGUUUAACAUGCAGAAAAUGUCACAAUAUAAUUUUGAAAAUAAUAAUUUUCAAGGACCCAGAAAAGAUCUCGGUACAAAAGUAUUUGUCGAACCGAAAGCAAGAAAUUUAGAAGUUGCCUUACAAUUUCCUUCUCACGAAUCUAAGUAUACUGUAGGCAAAAGAAGCAAAGCAACACAUUCUAAUGCAUCUUGUAAAGAAUUGAAAUUAGCAAGAGAAAUUCCAGAAACAUGUCCGUUAAAACAAGAGUUUGCCUCAACAUCACCAUUUAAUGAUGAAACAAAUUGUCAAUGUUAUGAAGUAUGUGAAAAUAUAAUAAGUAGCAUAACUCCUUCACUUAAUCGUAAAAUGGGAAGAACAUCUGAACUUAAAGAUUGCAGAACUUCAACUAUGAUAAACAAACGCACAAUUAAAGAAGUCUUAUAUGCUCAAAACAGUAGUGUUAAAAAGUCAAUCAGUACAUUAGAAACUAAAUGUGGCAAGAAUAAUGAAAUUAUUUUACAAAAAACCUCAGUUCGCAUUCCUUGCCUAGAAGAAAAAAAUAAGGAAAACAAAAUAAAAACUAAUACUAAUACAGAAUCCAAAACUAAAUCUUUGAGAACAAAGCAUAAUGAUAAUAAAUAUGGUAAUAAAUAUGUGAAGCAACAAGUAGAUCAGAAUUCUGAAACUAAAAAACCAAAAACUAAUGAGACAAAUAUAUUUAAAAUAAACAACGAAAGAAUUCAAUAUUCUAAAUUAAAUGGUGAUACACGCAUUUUACGGAUUAAAAUAGACAAACCUACCAAAAUAAGAGUGGGGAUAACGAAUGUCAAAGAAGUAGCUGGAAGCAGUAGGAAACCGAGUAAAAUUCCCCGAUUAGCUGUCAAAAAUAGCGUAAAAGAAGCAUUACGGAAUAUCAAUAAACCUAUUAAUAUUAAACCUUCUCCAAAAAUCACAAAUAUAAAAUUGAAUAGUCCAAGAAUGCAAAAGACAAAUUUAAAAAUAAAGCAAAACGCUUUAGACGAUAGUGCUAUAAAGCGAACCUCGAAAGUAGCAAAAAAAAUAAAUGUCACUCUA